AGUUUUCAGUUCAGUUCAGUUAGUCUCUCAUCGUUCACAUCUCAGUCCGCACAGUCAGUUCAGUUAGAGCAGUUAGUCGCAUUCGAUUCCUGUGUUGUCGCGCUCUUACCAAGGAGCGAAGACUCAGAGGAACGACAUUUGAUCUCUCCAACGCAAUCUCGAGAUUUGGAUUUCUUCUUUCAUCACCAGGGUCGCUUGACAGCACUCGGUAUGGAAGCAGAGAACAAUAAGCAGAAUCUUCCACGGUCCCGCACACGUCGUCCGAACAGGAGGAGUCGUCGCGGAGGAAUCAAGAAACAUCAAAAAAAGAAGCUCGCGAAAUAUCUACAUAAAUUACACGACGAUUUAGCUUCUCGCGUCAAAGCAUUACAAGUCGCGCUCGUCCUAUAUCAGGAACUUCUCGUUCACCCGUCUAAUCCCGGAAUCGUGGUUAACCAACCGUCAUCGCCUAUCGAUUCAGAGGCUUCUACAUUUAUUCUCGACGAUCCGUCAAAUUUCGACGAGAUCCCAGUCAUAGACCUGACUGAGGACGGCGACGAGGAUGCUUACCUGGAAACCAUUGACACAAUCACGGCUCCUAAGGUGGAUCUGGGCCGAGCGGAAACCCUGGAUCCUUGCGUGGCAUUUCGAGAGAGUUACCACGGGAGUAAGCAGUACUAAGGGGUCACGAGCAAGUAACAAGAAUGUUUACGAGUUUGAAAAUAGUCGUUAAGAGGUCAAUUGAAAGAUUCAACGUAAGAGGAUAGAUUAAUAGAAUAAAUAAAGAGGUUUGUCUCGUAUAACGUAUCCUUCGACGAAUCGUAUAUUACGUAGAAGGAAUAGGUUUAGAAACGACUCCUAGAAACAUACAUUCCUGGGAAAGUCGUCCCUUAAGGAAAAAGAAGCUGUAGUUCUCUCUAGAGGGACGUGUAUUCCUCGAGAUUACUACUAGAAGGUAUUAUGACGAUUCUUCGACAGAUAGAUUCUAUGAGAACUAUCCUAUAUGUACAUCAUGCGUUUAAUAAAGGAAAUGAACGCUUGAAUCUUACGUGAAUUACAGUGCAGAAUUUAUGUCUCGUAAUGAUUAUGAUAUUGAAAGGUUACUUACGUGUGUGUAGAUGCUUCGAUGAUGAUGAAUCACUCAGAGUAAUGUAUUAAAUAAAUAUAACUCUCGUAUUACUUAAUACUAAUAGUUGAUCACUUUUUAUUUGUUGAUUCGUAUAAUAAUUAUUCUUCACAAUUUCUUUGUUCAAAUAUUCGUAUAAUGAGUUUUACAAUUCUUGUAUAAUAUUCGCGUUCGUAUAAUGUAAGUUGAUAAUCAAU